AUGAAGCUAUGGGAGCGGGGCGGUGGCCUUUACAGAAUGAGUGACAGGCUUUUGAGCAACUUAGACAAACUUCUGCUUGAGUUUGUUUUCCAGCUAGAACAAACUUCUUAUGCUAAGGAACAUGUCACUCAACAGAUAAAUUUGCUUUCUGCAAAAAUAAUGGAAAAAAAGAAGGAAAUUGCUAGGCUGGAGGAAAAUAUAAAUAACAGCAACGAUGCAAUUGCUGAUUUGCAGAAGCAAAAUAAAAGUAGUAAGGAGAGCUGCAAGGCCUGGAAGCCUACCUAUGUAAUUCUUAGCAAGCAUGAAGAAUAUCUGAAAAAUGAACUCGAAUCUUUACAAGAAGCUGUAGAAAAAGAGAGGAAAAUGUAUCAGGAUUACAUAACUCAGUAUAAAGAGGUUUUGGAGCAACACCGUGAAAAAUAUGCAGAAACUGCCCUUGCACAGAAGUAUUACAAAAAGAAGAAAGAGGUUGAAGAAAUCCAAAGCAGAAUUUUGAAACAGUGUGAAAAAUAUAAAUGGAAAGAAGAUGCUUGUUUGGAUAUUCUGGAUCCUGUUCCUUUUAAAUCCCUAAAUGACUGGGCUUUACAGAUUGCUUCUUCAAGGCAAAAAACACAGGAAAUGUUAAAGCUUGCUGCAGCUGCUACACAAGAAUCCAUCCAACUAGAAAAAGAAUCAGAGGAAUUAGAAAUGAAAAUUAAGUAUUUGAAAAAGACAUUUGAAGAGGCUACAGAAGAUCAAAAUAAUUCCAAAACAAUUGAAAGGAAAAAGCAGAAAAGUCUAGAGAAGCCAAAGGAGUUUAAAGAAAGAGUAUUUGAGGAGAGUAAACAUCCAUCUUUACCAAGCGAGAAACACCAACUGCGUAAGCCACUGCGUGUCCCAUGUGCCCCUCGGAAAUUAGUCCAGUCUGUACAGAGUAUUCGCUUCCCAAUGCAACGAAUGGAAACAGGGAGAGAAGAAAAAGAACAACCCGUGGAACCUCCAGUGACCGCUAGCAGUUCCUCCAGCCUUGCAGAAGACUCACCACAGAUGGCUAUUGAAACUGCAGGGAGUAGUAACCCACAACUUACCCAGGUUCCAUCAAUAGCAAGUUUACAAACCCAAAUGCAAUUCAGACUGGUACUUCCUCCAAAGCAGAUGACUUCCAAUCAACAGCUUGAGAGUGAAAAUGCAGUUAUAGCAAAUCAAGAGGCCAAAUGUGUUGCUAAAGAAGCAGAAGAUGAACCAAAAGAUUCUUCAUAUAUACCUCAAGACCUACACACGUGCUUUAAGUCAAAUGAGGAUAACUCUGACACAGCAGAAGAAAGUGUGGAGCAUUUCUUAAGGCCACCUAAAACACCUGAGUCUAAGGGGAAGGAACCUCAGUUUUCUAAAACACCUCCAUUUGACUUCAUUCACAAUUUAGGUUGUGAAGAAGGAACAUCAAAAUCUCCUGCCUUUUUUUCUCUCAUGAACUUCUCCCAGAAAUCACCUGGCUUUAAUUUGUUUGAUUCCUCUGUGUUUGGGGCAGAAAAUUCAGCUGAUGAGACAGAGGAAGGUUAUCCUGUGGGAAAUUCAAACCCUCUGUCUCCACAGAAAGAUAUUGGAAGCUUGUUUGGGAAAUCAGAAAGUGAGGAUGCAUUUGCCUUUCCCUUCCCCUCGGAAUCAGCUUCUCAUGCAUUUGGAGAUGGAAAAGAUGACUUUAGUUUUCCAUUUGCAUUUGGACAGGAUCAGAGAUCAUCAGAGUCUCCUUCUGUUAAAGGUUUUCAUUCUUCCCUACAAAAUACAAAACCAUUUACAUUCUUUUGAAUACCUUUGACUUCCUUUUAAAAUCUUCUCCUGCUUAGCCUUGACAAAUGUUUUCUAUUUCUGAAGUUAAAGUAAAAGCAUUUCAUCUUCUUUCACUUCUUGUAAGAAUGUGUUAUUGCAAUUGCUUUAAGAGCAUGAGUAUGUUCAUCAGGCACGCGUGCUUUGAGGUGCACCUUUCAUUUUUCUUCCUUGUUUUCCACAUAUGUCACUCUUAUAAAAUGUUACAAUACACUCUUGUUAAAUUUGCACUUGUGAAAAUUUUAUGGUAGUGUGUUGAAUCAAUUAAAUGCCUGUGAGAGCUUCUAAACGGCUUCUUGAUAUAAACUAAACCUGUGUUACUCAGAGUGACUAUUGUAGGAGCUAAAUCUGAAUUUGAGUUAAUGACAAUGUUCUUAAACCAGCUGUUGUACACAGAAUAUUUAUCAAAUGUUUCAAAUAAAAGUUUUUGUUAAUUUUA